CCGGAGUGUAGUGCGCGCCGGAAGUACGUCACCCGCACGCUGGGUAGUCACGGCAGCUUUACGUGGUGAGGGCGGAAGUUUUUGUUUUCCAGAAGAAAGAUGGCGGCCGAGGCGAAUGAAGUGGAUGAGAAGAUAGAGGAGUCUCAGGAGGACGAUGAACCAUCUACAUCCACCGAGGAUCUGGCAGCACAGAAACGAGAGGAGCGGCUGAGGAAAUUCCGGGAACUGCACCUGAAAAGGAAUGAAGCGCGAAAACUUAAUCACCAGGAAGUGGUGGAGGAGGACAAGAGGCAGAAGUUACCGAGCAACUGGGAGGCACGGAAAGCUCGACUGGAGUGGGAGCUGAAGGAGGAGGAGAAGAAGAAGGAAUGUGCCGCCAAUGGGGUGGAUUACAAAAGAGCAAAACUACUGGAGAUCAGCGCAGAAGAUGCCGAGCGGUGGGAGAGGAAGAAGAAGAAAAGAAACCCAGAUGUGGGAUUCUCAGAUUAUGCGGCUGCACAACUGCGACAGUACCAGAGAUUGACCAAACAGAUCCGACCUGACAUGGAGGAGUACGAGAGAGAGAGAGAGAAACAAGGUGAAAGCUUCUACCCCACAUGUGACAGUCUGUAUCAUGGAACACAUGUCCCGUCCAAGGAUGGCGUGGACAGAAUGGUGUCAGACCUGGAGAAACAGAUUGAGAAGCGCGAGAAGUACAGUCGCCGACGCGCCUACAACGACGAUGCCGACAUCGACUACAUCAACGAGAGGAACGCCAAGUUCAACAAGAAGGCAGAGAGGUUUUAUGGGAAGUACACGGCCGAGAUCAAGCAGAACCUGGAGAGAGGCACCGCUGUCUAGAUGGUUGUUGUCCUCCCGCGGCUGAGACACUCUGUAUUUGUGUCUUGUGUUUUAUAUGUCUUCUAGAAUGUUCUGCUUUGUACAUACGGUAAAGAUUGUCCAUAAUAAAUGUGUUACUGGGG